AUGACUUUUGGAGACCUUCAAUUUUUACUGAUUGCGAUUCUUUUCAUCCUUACAUCUGUCAUGCUUCAUAGCACGGCGACGAUGAUUGACCGGUUGAUUCGUUGGACAAUUGAAACUGGACUGAUCACCAGUUUAAUGGCCAUUGCAUUGGCAACCUUCAAGUUUCUGGUCGUGCCGCAGAGCUUGUGGUUGAUCUGGCCUAACGUUGUGGGGAACUCCUUGUUAGCCUCGUUAAAUCGGCGGUUACUCCUUCGCGAAAAUUGGAGGGCUCCAAGAGGUAGUGCCCGGAGUUGUGGUGGUAUAAACACGAUUAUCUUCAAAGCCGGAGCUAUGCAAUUACAAGUAGACCCACUGGAGAACUCCAGGAACCUCAACGUUGAAAUGUUCCAAGCAGCAGGCCCAACCGACGAGGAAUACGGGCAGGUUUAA